AUGCCUUCCACAUGUCCAUUCAAACAAAACGGGUCACCAGGACCACAAUCUCCGCCUGUCCAAUCUCCGAUUUUCGUUUCAGACUUGAAUAACCCGGAUGCCAAACAGAAAAUGAGACAAGAGAUGGAAAGACUGACUGAACGACAGAAACAGAUAUUCGUGGAGACAUUUCCAGUGGUGUACAAAGAUUUCAGAAGAAAUGGAUUGGUUUUGUUUGCGAAAUACUUCUCCGAAUUCCCGCACUACAAAAACAUCUGGCCCCAGUUCCGUAAUCUCCAGGAUUCCGCUCUCCUCGCUUCCAAUGAGCUUGCCAACCAUUGCUCUGUAUACAUGAGUGGUUUGAAGGAAAUCGUGGAAGUGAUGGAUGACGAGGAGAAAUUGACUUAUUUCAUGGCGAGGAUCGCAAGGAGUCAUGUUAAAUGGAAUAUCAAUAAAUAUCAUAUUACGAACAUGUUGGAAGGAGUGGACGCAGUUUUGAAGAGAAGUUUCGAAGAGAAGCUGACAGAUGAGAUUGUGGACGCAUAUCACACUUUAUAUGACGUCAUCGGAAAUCUUUUGGAUAUUCAGAAGAAAUUGGUUAUCGUCAAGAGACCGUUUUGA